AUGGCUGAAGCCCUUGUCUCCACCAUCCUAAAGCAAUUGGCAUUGCUAACAACUCAAGAGCUAAAACUACUUUGUUGUGUUGAUAAAGAAGUUGAAAAACUCAUCAGCAUUUUCCAGGCCAUUCAAGCUAUGAUUGAAGAUGCGGAGAACAGACAAGUAAAAGAGCUGGCUGGGCAAGAUUGGUUGGAUAAGCUCAAGGAGGUGUCGUAUGACAUUGAUGAUGUGUUGGAUAAGUGGAUUACAACAAGAAGAAAAUUCCAAACGAAGAAAGUUGAAAAUGCUUCCAAGCUUUGGAAAAAGGUAUGCUCAUGCAUCUUGUUUGAUUGCUUUUGUUGCAAGAAAAUUUCCUUGCGUCAUGAUAUUGCUUUCAGUAUAAAAAAUCUAAAUGAAACACUUGGUGUCAUUGCCAAGGAAAAGGAUAGAUUUAGUUUUAGUUUGACCAUAAGCAGUACUAGCCAACUGGAACACCAAAUUACUAACUUUUUAAUCGAUUUAUCAGAGGUUUUUGGAAGAAAUAACAGUAAGAAUGACUUGAUGAAAUUACUGUUGACUGAGAGUAGUGAAGCUCCAAUCCUUUCCGUUGUUUCUAUCGUAGGAAUGGGAGGGAUUGGUAAGACAACUCUUGCUCGAAUAGUUUUUAAUGAUGAUAAAGUGAACACCUAUUUUGAUAAGAAAAUAUGGGUGUGUGUUUCUGUUCCUUUUGAUGAGAGUAAGAUUGCAAAAGCAAUUCUUGAAUCUCUUAUAGGAGUUGCACCAAACCUAAGUGAAUUAGAAACCAUGCUACAAAAAAUACGUGAGUCUUUAAGGGAAAAGAAAUUUCUUCUCGUCCUAGAUAAUGUGUGGACUGAAACUCCCAACAGUUGGGAACAAUUAAAAGAUUCUCUUAAAUAUGGUUCUCAUGGUAGUAGAAUUAUUGUGACCACACGUAAGAAAAGUACUGUAGAAAUAAUGGGAACCACGAACAUGAUCCAAUUAGGAGAGUUAGUUGAUGAUGAAUCUUGGUUGUUAUUUACUCGAAUUGCAUUUUUUGGAAAGGCUAAGGAAGAGUGCGAAAAUUUUAUAGAUAUUGGUAGAAAGAUAGUAGCUAAGUGCAAAGGCAUGCCUCUUGCUCUAAAGACUUUAGGAAGUCUCUUGAGGUUAAAAACACAUGUUGAACAGUGGCAACGUGUUUUAGAUAGUAAUUUAUGGGAAAAAGAAGUGAUAGAAGCAAAACUCUCCCCCCCAAUACUCUUGAGCUAUUAUGAUUUGCCCUCUAAAUUAAAAAAAUGCAUUUCAUAUUGUGCCUUGUUCCCAAAAGACUAUGUAAUAGAAAAAGGUGCACUUAUCAAAUUAUGGAUGGCUCAAGGGUAUCUAGGAAAUGAAAAAAUGGAAUUAGAUGGUGAAAACUAUUUUAAUACAUUGGUAAUGCGCUCUUUCUUUCAAGAUUUUCAAAAAAGUGAAUACGAUGAUAAUAUUAUCCAAUGCAAGAUGCAUGAUAUAGUGUAUGAUUGUAUUCAAUCUAUUGCAAAAAAUAAGUGUUCUUAUAUAGAAUUUGAGAGUCCUACAAUGCCUCAAUUUGAGAUGUCGAUGAGAAGUAUUCGACAUGCAACAAUAAAAUUGCCCUCAAUUCCUCCCUACAUUCUUAAUCUUAAACUCCGUAGCCUUGUUGUUGAAACUGAAUUUGAUGAUUUUACAUUAAAUACAUCAUUAUCUAAGAAGUUGACAUGUUUGAGAACGUUAGCUUUGAAUUUAGGAUGUAGGAAAGCUAAUUUGGAAGGAAUAAAAAAUCUGAUACAUUUGAGGUACUUUGAGUUGCAUAGUUUUGAUACAAUAAUAUUGUCUGAGGCACUAUGUGAUUUAUAUAAUUUACAAACCUUGGAUCUCACUGAUUGUUUGAAUCUCAAAAAGCUACCCCAAGGAAUAGGAAAGUUGGUAAAUUUGAGGCAUCUGUUAAUUGUUGGGACUUUAGAUUUAGAGUACAUUCCAAAAGGGGUAGAGAGAUUGAGUUGUCUAAGGACAUUAAACAAAUUUAUUAUUGGUGGUGAUGGCUACAAUAACAAAGCAUGUACAAGUCUUGAUAGUUUGAAGAACUUGAAACUGAAUCAAAGGUCUUUACAGUUAGUAUUGCGAUAUGUGAGGGAUAUUAAUGCAAUUAAACUUGCAAAUUUAGGGAGUAUGAAAAAUCUACUUGAUCUGGUAUUAAGGUUUGAUAUGUUAGGAGACAAGAGAACAUCUGAACUGAUUCUUGGAGUCUUAAAACUACCUUCUAAUUUAUUGAAAUUACAAAUACUUGGCUAUGGAGGAAGAAGUAUGCCUUUUGAUUGGAAGGUAUCAUUAUCCAAAUUAAGGGAGUUGCAGCUUUGUGUAUUUAGUGCAUGUGAGUAUUUACCACCUUUGGGAAAAUUACCAUCCCUUGAAUCACUUACGAUAUAUUCGAUGCAUGAAGUGGUAAGAGUGGGUAAUGAAUUUUUGGGAAUAGAAAAUGGUGUCACAUCAAUCAUUGCCUUUCCCAAAUUGAAAUUCCUUCGUUUCCUCGAACUAGCGAAAUGGAAAGAGUGGCAUUUUGAGACAUCAGAAUAUACAGAUGAAGAUAGUACAAUUUUUGAGACAUCAGAAUAUACAGUUGAAGAUAUUACAAUCAUGCCUUGUCUUCGUUUCUUGUCAAUGAUGUUUUGUCCUGAAUUAAAGGCAAUUCCCGAUCAAAUUCUUCGAACGCCAACACUGCAACAUUUAGAAAUCUCUUACUGCAAUAUUCUAAGAGAAAGUUACGAGACAGAAGAUGGAAGGAGCAAAAUCUCUCACAUCCCAAAGACAACAUUUAGAAAUAUCUUUCCGGGAUAUUAUAAGAGAAAGUUACAAGAAAGAAGAUGGAAGGAGCAAAAUCUCUCACAUCGCAAAGACAACAAUUUAUUGAAGGCUCUGAAAUUAAAAAGGUUGAAGAAUAUUCUCUGA